AUGAAGGAUCCCGUCCAUAGAACUUCUUCUCCCUACACUGAUCCAGCAGUAAAAGGCCCCAAGUCGCAGAUUCUCCACGAAGGAACCCAGGCAGAUUUACGCAAGACACCCAAUGUUCGUCCGGCUUGGAAACAUCAUCCAGUAGCUAACAUGGCCGCCGUCACAGUGAUCGCUAGCAACGUCAACAAGACCCCUCUCCACCCCAGUGGUGUUGCUCCCCACCAGGAGCAUACCGAGCUCGGUAUGGCUAGCCUCCUCCUUCGCGAGCAGAUCCUUUGCGACGAGGAGGAGCUUCAUGAGACCGCACACAUUGAUUACGACCGAGUUGCCAUUAUUCCCAACGCCUCCGUCCCCGCUCUCUACGAAGAUGCCCUCGUCUACGAGACCGGUUCCGCCAUCACAUCAAGCGGUGCCUUGACUGCCUACUCUGGAAAGAAGACAGGUCGCUCCCCCCUCGACAAGCGAAUUGUCGAGGAGGACAGUUCCAAGAACGAUAUCUGGUGGGGUCCCGUUAACAAGCCCAUGUCACCCGAGGUAAGAGAAACUACACCAGCCCUCCGAAUCGAGUCAUGGUACAGCCCGAGUCGGUACGCUUGCCGUCGGCUCUUUGUGUUUCGUCAGCCCAGCCCAGCCCAGCCAGCAGAAGCCGCAUUCCCCAGACACAAACACAGGCAUGAGCAGAGCAUGAGCACACCCCCUCUGUCACACGACCAUUUCUUUGACACAAAGCCGCUUCGAGCUGUCUUGGUUUUCUCGUCUUGUCAGCUUGGUCCAAAACUGAGUUGGCACGACAAGAGAAAACUCAAACUUGUCGAGGGCUUUGCAGUCGACGAAUACGUCAUGUUUCAGAUCGGCACUGCGACGCUCUGUGCAAUGAUCCAACUUCCCUUGGUCUGGAAGAUCAACCGCGAGCGUGCCAUCGACUACCUCAACACGAGAAAUCGCAUCUACGUCGUUGACGGUUACGCCGGCUGGGAUGAGAAGUAUCGCAUUCGCGUUCGUGUCAUCUGCGCUCGCGCCUACCAUGCCUUGUUCAUGAGGAACAUGCUUAUCCGCCCUCCCCGCGAGGAGCUCGAGCACUUCCACCCCGAUUAUACCAUCUACAAUGCCGGCUCCUUCCCCGCCAACAGAUACACCGAGGGCAUGACCUCGGGCACCUCGGUCGCCAUCAACUUCGCCGAGAAAGAGAUGGUCAUCCUCGGUACCGAGUAUGCUGGUGAGAUGAAGAAGGGUGUCUUCACUGUCCUCUUCUACGAGAUGCCUAUCAAGCACAACGUCCUUACCCUGCACUCCUCCGCCAAUGAGGGCAAGAACGGCGACGUCACUCUAUUCUUCGGUCUGUCUGGUACUGGCAAGACCACCUUGUCUGCCGACCCUCAGCGUGCCCUGAUCGGUGACGAUGAGCACUGCUGGAGCGACCGCGGCGUCUUCAACAUUGAGGGCGGCUGCUACGCAAAGACUAUUGGUCUCUCAGCCGAGAAGGAGCCCGAUAUCUACGGCGCUAUCCGCUUCGGCUCCGUACUCGAGAACGUUGUUUUUGACCCCGAGACCCGUGUUGUCGACUACGACGACUGCACCCUUACGGAAAACACCCGUUGCGCCUACCCGAUCGAGUACAUCAGCAACGCCAAGAUCCCCUGCCGUUCCGACUCGCACCCUACCAACAUCAUCCUCCUCACCUGCGACGCCCGUGGUGUCCUGCCCCCCAUCUCCAAGCUCGAUCGUUCGCAGACGAUGUUCCACUUCAUCUCGGGCUACACCUCCAAGAUGGCUGGCACCGAGGACGGUGUCACCGAGCCCCAAGCUACCUUCUCCUCAUGCUUCGCCCAGCCCUUCCUCGCCCUGCACCCCAUGCGCUACGCCAAGAUGCUCGCCGACAAGAUCGAGCACCACAACGCCAACGCCUGGCUCCUUAACACGGGUUGGGUCGGCGCCGGCGCCGCCCACGGUGGCAAGCGCUGCCCCCUGAAGUACACCCGCGCCAUUCUCGACGCCAUCCACUCCGGCGAGUUGGCCAAGGUCGAGUACGAGAACUACGAAGUCUUCAACCUCCAGGUCCCCAAGACCUGCCCCGGCGUCCCCGACGAGCUGCUCAACCCCAAGGCCGCCUGGACCGCCGGCAAUGACAGCUUCGAGACCGAAGUCAAGAAGCUCGGCACUCUUUUCAACGAGAACUUCCAGAAGUACGCUAGCGAGGCAACCGAAGAGGUCGUCAAGGCCGGUCCCGUCGUUUAA